GGCCCUGGUGUUGCCCGUCUGGGCGGCGAACUUUUUGUCAAAGCAACAUGCUUCACAAGUCCUGGUUAGGAAACGUCGUGCAAAUGCGAUGCUUGAAGAAACCAAACAGGGUAAUCUUGAACGAGAAUGCAUCGAAGAACUGUGCAAUAAAGAAGAAGCCAGAGAAGUCUUCGAAAAUGACCCUGAAACGGAUUAUUUUUAUCCAAAAUACUUAGGUUGUCUUGGCUCUUUUCGGGCUGGAUUAUUUUCUCCUGCACGUCAGUCAAGUAAUGCUUAUCCUGACCUAAGGAGCUGUGUCAGUGCCAUUCCAGACCAGUGUAAUCCUCUGCCCUGCAAUGAAGAUGGAUAUUUGAUCUGCAAAGAUGGCCAAGCGACCUUUACUUGCAUUUGUAAAUCAGGUUGGGAAGGAGAAAAGUGUGAAUUUGAUGUCAAUGAAUGCAAAGAUCCCUUAAAUAUAAAUGGAGGUUGCAGUCAGAUUUGUGAUAAUACACCUGGAAGUUACCACUGUUCCUGUAAAAGUGGUUUUUAUUUGCUUUCAAAUAAAAAAGACUGCAAAGAUCUGGAUGAAUGCUCUGUGAAGCCAAGCAUCUGUGGCACAGCUGUGUGCAAGAACAUCCCAGGAGACUUUGAAUGUGAAUGCCCUGAAGGCUACAGAUACAAUCCCAAAUCAAAGUCUUGCGAAGAUAUAGACGAGUGUUCAGAGAACAUGUGUGCUCAACUUUGUGUCAAUUACCCUGGAGGUUACUCUUGUUACUGUGAUGGGAAGAAAGGGUUCAAACUUGCACCAGAUCAGAAGAGUUGUGAGAUUGUUCCAGUGUGCCUUCCUUUGAACCAGGACAAAAAUUAUGAGUUACUUUACUUGGCAGAGCACUUUGCAGGAGUCGUUUUAUAUUUAAAAUUUCGUUUGCCUGAAAUUACCAGAUUUUCAGCUGAAUUUGAUUUCCGGACAUAUGAUUCAGAAGGUGUUAUACUGUUUGCAGAAUCUCUCGAUCACUCAGCUUGGUUCCUGAUUGCUCUUCGUGAUGGAAAGAUUGAAAUUCAGCUCAAGAAUGAGUAUACAAGUCAAAUCACAGUUGGAGGCAAAGUUAUUAAUAAUGGUCAAUGGAAUAUGGUGUCUGUGGAAGAAUUAGAACAUAGUAUUAGUGUUAAAAUAGCUAAAGAAGCUGUGAUGAAUAUAAAUAAACCUGGAAGCCUUUUUAAGCCUACAAAUGGAUUUCUGGAAACCAAAGUAUACUUUGCAGGACUCCCUCGGAUCAUGGAAAAUGCCCUCAUUAAACCGAUUAACUCUCGUCUAGACGGAUGUAUGCGAGGUUGGAAUUUGAUGAAUCAAGGAGCUUCAGGAGUAAAGGAAAUUAUUCAAGAGAAACAAAAUAAGCAUUGCCUCAUUACUGUGGAGAAGGGCUCCUACUAUCCUGGUGCUGGAGUUGCUCAAUUUAGCAUAGAUUACAAUAACGUAUCCAGUGCUGAGGGUUGGCAAAUCAACGUGACCUUGAAUAUUCGCCCAACCAUGGGCACUGGUGUUAUGCUCGCCUUGGUUUCUGGUAACACAGUGCCCUUUGCCUUGUCCUUGGUGGACUCCACCUCUGAAAAUUUGCAGGAUAUUCUGGUGUCUGUUAAAGAAACAGUAAUAUAUCGAAUAGAGGCCCUAAAUCUGUGUUCUGACCAAAAACACCAUCUGGAAUUCAAAGUCAACAAAAACAGGCUGGAGAUUUCGACUCCACUUAAAAUGGAAACCAUCUCUUCCGAAGACCUUCAAAGACAACUCGCCAUCUUGGACAAAGCAAUGACAGGGACAGUGGCCACUUACCUGGGUGGCCUUCCAGAUGUUCCAUUCAGUGCCACACCAGUGAACGCCUUUUAUAGGGGCUGCAUGGAAGUGAAUAUCAAUGGUGUACAGUUGGACCUGGAUGAAGCCGUUUCUAAAUAUAACGACAUUAGAGCUCACUCCUGCCCAUCCGUUCGGAAAAACACAGAGAGCUUUUAAGGCAUCUUUUCUCUGCUGAUAAUAUCUUUUUCUUGUGUGUAAUUAUACUUAUGUUCCAA